AUGGUCGUUCCGCUGUUCGAACGUUUCGGAUGUCAUCGGCAACAUCCGGUCGGCCCUCCACCAAGUGACGAACGGCCGUGGCCAGCCGACUGCGUAACACUGCAGCACAGUGGGGCUAUUGAGGGCGACGAUGACGGCCGUGCUCUCCUCGCCGAUAACAUUCGCGGGUCUUGGGGACGGGUCUGCAUGACGACGGGGGCGACAAGUACACGAGUACGAGAAGUAGAAGUAGAAGAAGAAGAACACGAAGACGAAGAAGAAAAUCAACCAAUGGUGCGAAAACACAUGCAAACAUCCAGUGUAAGUUAA